AUGUUACUAAUAUCCAAUAAUAAUUAUAGUCAUUUAUCAAAGCGAGAUCCUCCUAUUACAACUGAUGCACCAUCUAGUGAAUCUUAUAGUCUUCGUACAAUAUUAUUAGGAUUCUUAAGUGUACUCGCAUUACUCAUAUUAUUAUCAAUAAUAUUUUUUAUUCUAUUCAAAAGAAGAAGAAGAAGACAACUUCACCGGAUUCAUGCUCACAACGAUCCAAAACUCAAGCCAUUACAACUAGCACCAACAACUAAAAAAAAGUUUUCAGAAUGGUUAAGUAAUGGUUGUAAGGAUCCUAUGCCAUCUGAUCAAGGUUCAACAUUGGUUAUUGUUAUCUUGUAUGAUGGUGUGGUGAUAAAUUGUAAUCUUGGUGACUCAAUGGCCCUUAUAUGUAAAACUUUACCCUUAACAACUACUGGUAGAAUACCUCUUGAAAUUGUCUAUCAGUCCACUAUUCAUUCUCCUGGCCAUCCGCAUAAAGCAUAUCAUAUUGCUAGUCUUUUGAAAGCUCGUAUAUAUCGACCUGAAGAAUUUCAGAAUCCAUACGGUAUGCAAUCUGAUUUAUCACUUAAUCUAGGUGAUACAAUGGGUGAUCUGUAUUUCAAACUUGACCCACCAUUAUUUCCAUGUGAUGCUGAUGUUGAUUAUAUAGUUAUGGAGUCAGGUACUAAUUAUAUUGGAAUAUUGGCACCGGAUGGAUUAUGGGAUCAUUUGAAAGUAAACUUACCUGGAGAAGGAGGAAUAGGAGGAGAUGAGUCAUCAAACAAAUUAUCAGAAACUGAAUCAGUACAACAACAACCAUUUUUUUAUAAACUAGGAUCUUCAAGGAGUCAUAAUAUUUUAACUGGUGAACAAUUAUAUGAUCUUGCAAGAGCUUUAUGUGAUAGAACCAAGGAUAGUUUGGAUAUUUUUGAAAAGGAUCAAGGUCGUUACGAUGAUUGUACUGUUAUUGCAUUUUCUUAUAGUUUUUAA